CGCGCUUGGGAAGACGUGAGCUAGUUUCGGUUUAGCUUUUCCGUACACGCUUGACUGGUAGCAUCGUCGUUCUCAGUGACUCUGGUGUACGUUAAACCUGGUGCGGACGUUGCUUCGUUCGCUGCAUCGUUGACGGUGCGUGACAUCUUCACCGGCGGUACACGUUUGGUGUGCGUUGCAGUGUGGGACAUCUACCCGCCACGAGAGAUUCUGCUGCGAACAACCCGAUCUCUACCGGAACAAGCGGCAUCCAUGCCUCUGGCAACAGCCGUGGCAAUGACCCGCAAGAGCAGCGGGCUGUCUCCAAUCCGCGUCAUGGUCAUGGGAAGCCAAAGCGUCGGGAAAUCAGCUGUGACAGUGCGAUUUCUCACACGGAGGUUCAUCAGCGAGUACAGCUCGAUGAAGGACCUGCUCUACAGGCACACAGUCCUCGUGGACAACCGGGCCUUGGAACUGGAGAUCCUGGAUACAUCUAGAUAUCAGGAGAACAAAUUUCCCGAGGACAAAAUGGGCUGGGCUGAUGCCCUGGUCGUCGUCUACAGCAUCGAGGACCGAUGGAGCUUCGAAGAGGCCAGCGUCUGCCUCCAGAAGGUGCAACAGCUGUGCCCGUGCCUGCCCACCAUACUCGUGGCCAACAAGCGAGACCUGUCCCACGUGCGCCAGGUCGAAGUGGACGAUGGCCGACAGCUGUCGCUGCAGCUCCACUGCCAGUUCUACGAGGUGUCCGCGGCCGACAGCUACGCCGGCGUCAGCAUGGCCUUCCAGAGCAUACUGCGUGAGGUCCUCGCGACCAAGAUACUCCGGUCCCUGACCCCCGUCCGGCGGCGACUCACCGUGGUCACAGUCUCGAAGAUGCUGGGAGCCGUCUUCGGCAAGAACGGCAAGCGCCACAAGAAGAGGCCCUCUCUGUCCUUGUAAACGGUCCAAGCAGUGCGAGAGACAAUGCACACUCGUACCCGUGUACAUACAACGCGCCUACAUCCAAGUGAAACAAAGACGCUCUCAAGGAGUGCUUUGUGAUUGGACACUUUAUUUGGUUUCCUGUCUUUGUAAUUUGUUUUGGUGCCAUGCCAACUUACUGUGAAAACAUGCGUGCAACCGUGUUGGUGUCCUGCCCAAAUGUGAGGCAUUUCUUAAGAAUGUACAGAUUUUAUCGGAAGUACCUGGGUCAUACUGAGUUUGACAAUGAUAAGGCCAAAAUAAACAUGGCUUGUCUCGAUGUGCUCCGCAACUAUGUGACAGAGUGAAAGGGACGGUCACCACCACUACGUAUAUAACGCCAUCGCUUGAAUUGAAAUAUGCUAUAAGGUAUUGCGCACACUGCACUGUGCUUGUUUUAAAUAAUGGAGCAACUCACCUGGAAUAGUAGAUGGUACAGCAGGAAUAGUUUGUCAGGCAUUACAAGGGAAAAUUUUCGUUUCAUCUUGUUUCGCCAUGACUUUGGCUGCCCUAUUUAAUUUUAAAUUUGCCGUCUCAAUGUGUGGAAAGCCGUUUUUCUCUUUUUUUAUUUUUAUUAUUUUGAGUCUAGGCUCCUUCUAUUAACGUUUAAAGAUGAAGCCCUCGGUACCAAUGAAAACUUGCUCGGUCUUGUGAUCUUUAAAACCGAGAGUUGUGAAUAGUGUGUUUUUGUAGUUGUAAGAACCGCGACAGAAUCAAAAGUGGCCGGAAACCGCCAAAUUUUUGUGUACCACUCAUGGUGAAGAUAUUCAUCACCAUUGAGGUGCACCACUUUAGAAAAUCCAGGAACCUUUUGCUCGCUGGCUUUGUGCAGCCGAGGAAUAUCUAGUCGCUAGGCUGUUGAUCUUUGGACCGACACGACAAAUUCUCAAUCGGUAAUGCAGAAGUCGUUUGUACAGCAAUACGCUCAACGGUAACCGUGUCAUACGAAGAAUUACUAACGAUUCAUUUAUGUGCCAAGAAUAGCAGUGCUCAAUUGGUCACUGCCAGACUGUGAUAUAAGCCAAGUUUGAAAUAACUUUAUGUUGUCCCGUUGUGUAUUUUUGCUUCGUGAAGGUGUGCUGAGAUCUUCAGUAUUCUGUGUUAUGACGCUGCCUCGAACACCACAUCACGCACAUUCUGGUGUGGUUUUUUAUCGGGAGGCCGCAACGUACUGUCAUUAGAAGGGAACAACGCUAAAAGACCUCUACUUGUACACUCCUGGUUUCAUUUCAUUGUGUCUAAUUAAGCACUUAAAUUAUGAAUUUCAUGUCAUGUGUAUUAUUUAUGAAUUAGAUUGUCAUUGACGUGUUCAUUUGCGAAGAGAACAUAGCAUUUUUCACUGGGUGGCAGAUGUAUGCGCCGAGCUCAUUUUGAUGCUCAAAAGUUCCUGUCGUCAUUGUCGCCUUAAUAUACUUACUCUUGCCGCCGAAAAUAAAUUGUGAAUGUGAUUCUCUAU